AUGGAAAAGGGUUCCUACAACAAGGAUCUAAAUAUAGCUACAACAUAUCGACGCGGCGACGAAACGCUGCGAAAGAGGCUCACCUGCGAUAGCCAAUCCCAAUCACCAAUGGGGUCAAGGUUGAUCCUGAUUGGUGGACCCUCCGGCCAAUCCCUUGUCGUCCUGUCUACAAAUAAUGGCACCUCUCCACAACGCUGUCAAUGUUUGCAUAGCCUUGGAGUGCCCUUCCAUUUCGGCCGUUUGUUUUCUUUACCAACAGAAAUGGCUCAGAAAAACAAAUGUUCAAGUACGAAUCUUAAUUACGUUCGAGUGUCUGAUCCACUGGGCUGUGUUGACUUUACGCAACUUCGUUAA